AUGAAUUAUGCCGGUGCUUCCAUCCCGGACCACAUAAUAUGCACAGACAGACUAGCACCACUCUUUACAAACGAAUGCGUUAUCGGAACACCGAUCACUAGCGAUCACUUGCCUCUCACCGCCACACUCAGUAUUCAAACUCGUAUCCUCACGCGUCCGACAUUCAAAGAAAUACGAGACUUCAAAAACAUCAACUUCGACCGGCUACGCGAACACGUAACUAACGCGAACCUAACCGCACCGGACAUAUCAAACCCCGAAGAAAUCGACGCCCCAAACGAAACCUACAACCAAACAAUUCAAAACGCGAUAAACGACAUAGUACCGAUUAAACGUUACAAUGGCAAAAUCGACUACAGCAUAACUUCUGGUAAUGAACGUGAUGAAUUCCAGAUUACACCAAACGGUACAAUCAUCACGAAGAAGGAACUUGAUAGGGAAACGCAAGGAAUCUACAAUCUGGUCGUAACCGCCACCGAUGAAGCUAAACAACCAGAACAAAGACUGUCAUCAACAGUUCAGGUCACCAUAAUCCUAAAGGACGUUAACGACAUGUCUCCAGAAUUCAUUACUCCCAAUGAAACUUCGGUUUCAGAAAAUAUUCCUAUCAAUACCGUUGUAAUGGCCAUAAAAGCCAUAGACAAAGACGAAGGACGAAACGGAUACAUAGAAUAUUCACUUUCUGGAGAUUCAAAUACGAACGGUGUAUUUUCUUUGGGUCCAAUUGAUGGCCUCUUAAGGGUGGCUGGUAAAAUAGAUAGAGAGCUCAAGAAUAAUUACACACUGGUAGUAACAGCUAAAGAUAGAGGAGAAAUUCCGCGCACAAGUCAAACUAAAAUUUUCGUUAAAAUUCUCGACGAAAAUGACAACAGCCCCGUGUUCGAUCCUAAACAGUAUAGCGCAUCAGUCGCUGAAAACGCUUCAAUUGGGGCAAGUGUACUUCAGGUUUCUGCAACCGAUAUUGAUGAUGGCCUAAACGGUAAAGUCAGAUUUUCUAUCAUUUCGGGAGAUACAAACAGGGAUUUCAGCAUUGCAGAAGAUUCUGGAGCUGUGAGGGUGGCAAAAAAUCUCAACUUCGAACGCGAAUCUCGUUACGUUAUCACCGUACAGGCGGAAGAUUGUGCUGGUGACAUUCACGAUAACAUCAUCAGAACGGACACUGCAGAUAUCGUCAUUUCAGUUUCCGACAUCAACGAUAAUCCUCCCACAUUCUUGGAUUCUCCUUACCUAGCCUACGUUAUGGAAAAUGUCAUACCACCGAAUGGAGGUUAUGUUAUCACCGUGCAUGCUUAUGACGCGGAUUCGCCACCAUUCAAUUCACUUGUUCGUUAUUUCAUUAAAGAAGGUGACACAGACAUUUUCAAAAUUAAUGCUAGUACCGGUGAAAUUUCACUUCAGAGAUCUUUGGAUAGGGAACUACAAUCUGAAUAUACCCUUUCGCUAGUGGCGCUGGAUACAGGAUCUCCACCGUUAACUGGAACAGGAUUAGUAAAAAUAAUAGUACAGGAUGUUAAUGAUAACAGUCCUCAGUUCAAGAGACAUAUUUAUCAUGCAACAAUAACAGAGAAUAGUCCUGUUGGCACUUGGAUAAUAACUGCUAUAGCUUCCGAUAAGGACACAGGUCUAAACGCAAAAAUUCGCUAUUCGCUUCUUGGUAAUAAAAUGGACCGAUUUAAAGUAGAUCCUGACACUGGAGUAAUAACUAGCGCUGCACUUUUGGAUCGUGAAGAAACAGACGUGUAUUAUUUGACGCUAAUGGCACAAGAUUGUUCACCUACAGAACCCAAAGCUGAAGCAGUCAACUUAACAAUUUCUAUAUUAGACGAAAAUGACAAUUCGCCGACAUUUUCAAACUCAAAAUAUGAAAUUCAUAUAUCGGAUAGUACAAGGAAGGGACAGUUUGUUUUCGGAGCAAAAGCUUUUGAUAAUGAUAUUGAGGCAAACAGCAAGAUAACGUAUUCAUUAUCUGGAAGACACGCUUAUAAUUUUGUGAUUAAUUCCCACACCGGAGUAAUUAAAGCAAAUCAAGAUCUUCAUAAAAGUUCUACGACCAUAUUCAAUUUAGAAAUAGAGGCACAAGAUGGUGGUCAAAUUCCCAAGAAAGCUAGCGUGGAAUUAAAAAUUUAUUUAAGUCCUUCACAUCUAUUUCCCGUCUUCUCACAGCCCAUUAACGCACAAUUUACCUUGACCGAAAAUGUAAAAGAAGGAAAAGUGAUCACAAAAUUCAUAGCUGCAAGUCCCAAACCUGGCCCUGCGAAUAAUGUUAGGUACGCUAUUGCUGGUGGGAAUAUUGGGGAUGCAUUAAGGAUUGACAGAAUCAGUGGAGAAGUUCAAGUAGCGGGAAAAGGAUUGGAUUACGAAACAUCGCACCAAUACGAAAUAUGGAUUGAAGCAAAAGAUUCUGAUGUGCCGUCGUUAACAAGUUUUUUAUCUCUAAUAAUUAAUGUGACCGAUGCCAACGAUAAUCCUCCAAUUUUCCAAAUGCCUCUUUAUAAUGCAUCUGUUUUAGAAGAAGAAGCUCCCUAUCAGUUGGUUGUAAAAGUAACAGCAUCUGAUGCCGAUUCGGGAGAAAACGGAAAAAUAUAUUACCGAUUAUCCGGCAACUCUGAAACUUCAUUCGAAAUGGACGAAGAAAGCGGAGAAAUUUAUACACGAGUUCGUUUAGACCGAGAAGAAACUGCAAGUUACGAAUUAAUAAUAGAAGCAAUAGACCACGGUUUUACACAGUUAACUGGUACAGCCACUGUUGUGAUCAAUGUUUUAGACAAAAAUGACAAUCCUCCGAGGUUUACCAGACUUUUUAGUGUGAACGUUACAGAAAACGCGGAAAUUGGGACGUUUGUGAUUCAAAUAACUAGCACCGACCAAGACAUUGGCGAAAAUGCCAAUGCAACGUACAGUUUUGCAGAAAAUCCUGGUGGUAAGUUUACCAUCGACCCUAUUAGUGGAAACGUAACUGUCGUCGGAGCUCUGGAUAGAGAGCAACAGGACGAAUAUUUACUAAAAGUUGUAGCAUAUGAUGGGGCAUGGAGACAAGAAACCCCAUUAACAAUUACAAUACAAGACCAAAACGAUAAUGCGCCAGAAUUUGAGCAUUCGUACUACAGUUUUAAUUUUCCGGAACUUCAAAGAGACGUAGUUACUGUAGGCCAAGUAACUGCAACAGAUCGAGAUAAACAAGGACCUAACUCUGUCAUUAGUUAUUCUCUCCAACAACCGUCAGACUUCUUCACUGUUGAUCCUGCUUCGGGAGAAGUUUGUAGCAAACGAAGUCUUCGAUAUAAACACAGCCAACUAGAAUCUUCACCAGAAAACACAUAUUCACUCACUGUUUUGGCUACAGAUAAUGGAAAACCUCCAAUGUCUUCCGAAUGCUUAGUUAUUGUAAAUAUCGUCGACGCUAAUAAUAACGCACCUAAAUUCGAACAAAGGGAAUAUCUCUCGCCCAUACCGGAAGAUACGAUCGAAGGCAAAAGACUACUACAAGUAACAGCCGAAGAUAAACUAGAUGUUGGUGUUAACGCUGAGAUAGAAUAUUCUGUAGUAGGUGGAAAUGGAUCUGAUUUCUUUAUCAUAGACAAACUCACCGGAUGGAUAAGUCUUGCUAAGAAAGUUACGGGUGUUGGCAUACUGUAUGAGUUACGAAUUUCGGCAACCGAUAAAGGGGUACCGCCACAAAAAGACGAAGUGACAGUCACUUUAAUAACAUCAGGAGAAAAUAAAUUCAGUCCUAUUUUUACUGCGCUUAGUUAUCAAGUCAUAGUCCCAGAAAAUGAACCUUUGGGUUCGACCAUUCUUGUCGUAAGUGCUUCAGAUAAUGACCAAGGACCGAACGGAAUGAUCAGGUACGAGAUUUCUGGAGGAAACGAGCGAAAAGAAUUUUCAAUUGACUCUGUUUCUGGGGCUAUAACGAUCUCACAACCCCUCGAUUACGAUACAGUACAAGAAUAUCGUUUGAAUAUCACGGCACAAGAUCUCGGCUUCAAGCCUCACAAAACUACAGCGACCCUUACUGUAACAUUAACUGACAUCAACGAUAACCCUCCCACAUUCAAUCAAACACAAUACGAAGCAUUUAUUGCAGAAAAUUUACCUGCAUCUAGUUUCGUAUAUCACGUACAAGCUACCGAUAUAGACUCCCCCAAAAAUGCAAUUAUACGCUAUUCCAUUUCGGACGGUGCUGGAUCUGAAUAUUUCUUGAUUGAUAAAAGCAACGGAAUAAUCACUAGCAAAAUUAGUUUUGAUUUUGAAGAGGAUGACUUUUACAGCAUCAAAAUUAUAGCGGCAAAUCCAGAUUCCACAAUGUUCGGAUCUACCGACAUUCUAAUCCAUAUAACAGGGGUAAAUGAAUAUUAUCCAAGAUUCAUACAGCCAGUCUUUCAUUUCGACGUAUCUGAAUCCUCUGAGGUAGGAACUAGCAUUGGUGUCAUUCAAGCAACAGACCAAGAUUCUGGCGAAGACGGAAAAGUCUAUUACUUACUGGUUGGUUCAAGCAAUGACAAAGGAUUCACUAUCAAUUCCAAUACAGGCGUUAUAUCAGUUUCUCGUAACCUCGACCGCGAAACUCAAAGCCGUAUUGUACUAACAGUUCUCGCUAAAAAUGCUGGAGGUAUCAGAGGAAACGACACUGACGAAGCACAAGUUAUUAUAUCUGUACAAGACGGUAACGAUCCUCCUGAAUUUUUACAAGACGUUUAUGAAACCGAACUAUCUGAAGGUGAUCCGAUUGGUACUAAAGUUGUAACAGUUAAAGCCAUAGAUAAAGACGUCAGACCACAGAAUAAUCAAUUUAGUUAUUCAAUUCUCAGCGGAAAUCCAGAGCAAACGUUUAAAAUAGAUCCUCAAACAGGAGAAAUUGAAACACUACGAAAAUUGGAUAGAGAAACGAUACCGCUAUAUACUUUGAUAGUCGGAAGCAUCGAUACUGGUGUUCCUCCUCAAACGGGAACGGCAACAGUUAAUAUUCAUUUAAAUGACAUAAACGAUAAUGGCCCAAUCUUCAAUCCGGAACAAAUGAUUGGCCAAGUAUCAGAAAACGAACCCCCGAAUACCAGCGUGAUGAUCUUAUCAGCAAAUGAUCCUGACCUACCUCCAAAUGGAGCUCCGUUCUCGUACAGAAUCGUAGGGGGUAGGCAUAAGGACUUCGUAAAAGUGGAUAAACAUUCUGGUCUAGUCGUGACAACGAGAAGCAUUGACAGAGAACUUACACCGGUGCUUGAUUUAGUGGUGGAAGUUGAGGACAGCGGAGUUCCGAAAAUGAAAUCCAAGCAUAACAUUAAAAUUGAAAUACUCGACGAAAACGAUAGUCCAUCGAGUUCAAGAUCCGUCCAUGUCCUCGUAAAUGUAUUUAACAAUGAAUUUCCAAUUGGUAAAAUAGCCGACGUACAUCCAAACGAUCCAGAUAUCGUAGGUGAUUAUAAAUGUAAAAUAUUGCAAAGUUCACCAGCUUCAAAUGUUCUUUCUAUUAAAUCGGGUUGUAAAUUGUACGCUUCAAAAGCAACACCUGGUCACGGGUAUUCCCUUUCGAUAUCCGGAAAUGACGGAAGACACGCUGAUGUCAUCUCAACCGUUACUGUAGAAUUCAAAUACUUCGAUAAUAAUACCGUCGAAAAUUCUGUGACUAUAAGAAUUCAAAAUUUAACCGCUCGACAGUUUCUAAUAAACCAUUAUCGUGGAUUAUUAGAAUUAUUAAAGGGCAGUUUAAAUGCCGAAGAAUCUCUAAUAUUUUAUGGUCUUCACGAAGAUGAAAAUGCUCUAGAAGCUAUAAUAGCAAUUAAAGAUUCUUCUUCAUUCAGGACAAAAUCUUACGUUAUCGAUAAGCUAGUUAAGAAACGAGAGGCAAUUAAAAAGUUGUUACAUGUUAAUAACAUUCAAAUAGGAUAUUCCCCAUGUGCCAAAAACUUAUGCGAAAACGGAGGUAUUUGUUCUGAAGACAUAACAGUUAAACAUAAAACCGAAACAGUGGAUAGCCCAAGCCUGAUUUUUACGUCUCCGUUAAUUGUUAACGAUCACAGUUGUCAGUGUAUAGGGGGAUUUUCCGGAGAGAACUGCGAAAAAAGACAAGAUCCUUGUCUUCCGAAUCCAUGCAAAGCUGGAGGUCAAUGUAGACGUCAAGGUUACAAUUUUUACUGCGUAUGUGCACGUUCUAGAGACGGGCGCUUCUGUGAAUUCGAAAAGAACGAUGCAUGCUCCGAAAAUCCAUGCCAAAACGGAGGAACGUGUCAAGAAAGUCCAGAUGGUUCCUUCUUCUGUCUUUGUCGUCCAGGUUAUCGUGGAAACCAAUGCGAAACGCUGACAGAUUCUUGUAGACCGAAUCCAUGUUUACACGGCGGCCAGUGUGUCAGUUUCAAACCAGGCUACAAAUGCAUUUGCAUCGACGGAAGGUACGGAAGGCAUUGCGACAAAUCUACUUACGGUUUUCAAGAACUUUCUUACAUGACAUUCCCACCACUGGAUUCUGCAACAAACGAUAUUUCUUUCAUCUUUGCCACUACAAAGCCAAACGCUCUUCUUGUGUACAACUACGGCAUACAAACUGGAGGAAGAAGCGAUUUCGUUGCAGUCGAACUAAUCAAUGGACGAGCAGUAUUUUCGUUUGGAGGAGCAAGAACAGCGAUAACUAGUGUUACUGUUAAAGGGAAAACUAAUAGUUUAGCUGAUGGUAACUGGCACAAAUUGAUCGCUACGAGGAAUGGAAAGGUAGUAUCUCUUAGCGUCGCUUCAUGUACGGAAAAUGGUAAUGUUUGUGAAGAAUGCGUACCAGGAGAUGUUUCAUGCUAUGUGGACGACAUUGGACCAACAGGUACCCUUAACUUCAAUAGCCACCCUCUUCUCAUUGGUGGUCUAAUGAGCGCUGAUCCUGUUUUGGAGAGACCCGGUCAAAUUCAUUCGGACGAUCUCGUCGGUUGCGUACACAGCAUCUCAAUCAACGGACGUCAAUUAAAUCUCAGUAAUCCAAUUCAUUCGGAGGGAGUGGAACCAAAAUGCUCCCACAAGAAUUCCUGCAGCAAUACCAUCAAUCCUUGUAUGAAUUUCGGUUCCUGUGUGGACCGUUGGUAUACAGCAAGCUGCACUUGUGGAGGAACUGUUGUAGCUCCAAAUUGUGGAAGUGCUCUUCGGUCCGUUUCGGUCAGCAAUGGCGGAUACAUCGAAUUCGUAAUUUCAAAAAAACACAAACGUAUGCAACUUCUCGAUAAUCUCUACAGUGGAACCGCAGGGUGGCAUCAUCAUUACAGUAUAAUAAGAAAAAGACGAUACGUGGUGACUAAUGCAGAAACUUACGACGAAAACACUUCUUCCUUGCAAUCACAUCGAGGUGUAAGGUCGGCAGGAUUGUUGAAUACUAGUGCGAUUUACCUAACAUCGAAACGUGUUAGUUUUUUGUUUAGAACGAUCGCAAAAACGGGAGUGCUAUUUUUCGCUGCUAGUAAUAAACAUUAUACAUCGGUCGAGCUAAUAAAUGGGCAACUGAUGUACAUAAGUAAAUUGUCCCAUACAGUGAACGUAACUGAGCCACAUAAAACCGUUAAUGACGCCCAGUGGCAUAAUUUGACUUUAAACAUUCAAAAUGACGUGCUUCGAAUUCUUAUCGAUGACGAAAAACUUGGGGAUGACCUCGAUUCAAAUGGCGUACAUGAUUUUUUAGAUCCUUAUUUGACAACACUUACUUUAGGUGGAAUAAAAAGUGGCAAUUAUCCUGAUAAUUCCCAUCACAGUUCCAAUAUAGCAACGAAUUCAUUCGAGGGAUGUUUCGCAAACUUCAGUGUCAAUAACGAAAUUCAACCUUUCAACGGUUCAGGAAGCAUUUUCAAUCAAGUUGUGUUGCGCGGAAAGAUAUCUGAACAUUGCUACGGCCCUGUCGGUGUUGGGACGGUGCCAAAUCCCGAUCCUCUCAGUAUCGGAAUCACAUUGGUCAUUGUAUUUUUCGUUGUACUCUUAAUUGCAAUAUUAGUAUCGUUUGUUGUUUUCCGUCUUCGUAAGCAAAGUAAAGAAAAAGGAAACACAUCAGGAGGUGCAUCACCGGUUCAUAGCAAACAGAACGGAGGUAACAAUGGGCUUAUAAAUACCAGCAACGAUAACCUUCUAGGAAGACCACUCCACACGAAUGAGACUUCCAUGGCUUACCAUUCGGAAAAUGGAGACAUAAUCAGAGGAGUUGGUGGUCACCAUAUUGUAGGUCCCGAAUUACUUUCGAAGAAAUUCAAAGAUCGGGAAAUUAUUCAAAAUGAAAUUCAACGUCCUCAAAGGCCAGACAUUAUUGAAAGAGAAGUAGUUAAUAAAAAUCCUCCCAUGAGGGAUGACCAUCCACCGCUUCCUCCAACUUCAAAUCAUAAUCACGAUCACGGUCCCACUGAUUUGAAUUCGGAAAUGCCCGAACAUUACGAUCUAGAAAACGCCAGUUCGAUCGCACCUUCAGACAUUGAUAUAGUGUACCAUUAUAAAGGAUUCCGGGAAGCAGGAGGAGUUCGUAAAUAUAAAGCAACACCUCCACCUAUCAGCAGUUACCAUCACAAACAUACAUCUGUGCAGGGUCAGGCGCAGCACAGACAUUCUCCCCAUCACCCUACGGGAUUUCCUCCCAGAGCUCCGCCAGUCACAAAUCCCUCAUCCCGACCACACCAAACAACACCACUAGCGCGUCUCAGUCCCAGCAGCGAAAUGAGCGCUCAACAACCGAGAAUUUUAACGUUACAUGAUAUAAGCGGCAAGCCUUUGCAAAGUGCCCUUUUAGCAACUACCUCAAGUUCCGGCGGUGUCGGUAAAGACGUUCUCCAUAGUAAUAGUGAACGUAGUUUAAAUAGUCCUGUGAUGUCUCAAUUAAGCGGACAAAGUUCGAGUAGUCAUAAACCGGGCGCGCCACCCCAAGUCACUUCGUCAUCCCCAGGUAUGGGAUUAACAGCAGAAGAGAUCGAAAGAUUAAAUUUGCGACCGAGAACUUCCAGUUUGGUUUCUACUUUAGACGCGGUAUCUAGUUCUAGUGAAGCACCUCGAACCGCUGGUGCCAAUCAUCUUUCUCACAUGCGCCAUUCUCCAGUGCCAGAAACCCACCACAGUUCUACAUCUUCAGACGAGAGUGGAAACGAUAGUUUCACAUGCUCGGAAAUAGAAUACGAUAAUGCUAGUCUAGCAGGGGAUAAAUUUAAGUCGAACGAGCCUGAUUCUCGAAGAAACAAUUCUAGUUCUAAUAGUAAAAAUCCUGUGCCACCACCUUCCUAUGAUGGUUUCGAUUCCUCUUACAGAGGCUCCAUGAGCACAUUGGUUGCUUCAGAUGACGAAUUAGGAGGACCAUUAUAUAGACCUCCAACAGGUUCGCCUUCCACUACGGCUUUAAGUUGGGAUUAUUUGCUCAAUUGGGGACCUAAUUUUGAAAGCUUGGUGGGUGUAUUUAAAGACAUUGCUGAACUUCCCGACUCUGUUAGUGGAAGGGCGCCUUCAUCCCUGAGGCUAACCAAUGCUCCGAAACCUUCUGAAGAGUAUGUAUAGCGCAAUACGACUGAUUAGUGAUAACGUAAUUAUUAAUUAAUUAACAUUAAAUAAUGCCAAUGACGUAAGAAUCAGAACAUUUGGUAUUCGAAUAUAUAUACAUAUAUAUACAAUUACAUACUCGUACAUUCAUAUAUAUGUAUAAGUGUAGUUAAAAAAAA